GAGAAAAGCCAGGACCAGAGAAGCAGCCACCCCUGAGCAUUGCCUUGUGAGCUGUUCUGUGGGACCUAGCUGCGGAGUCAGGCCAGCAUGAGUGAGAGACAAAGUGCCGGAGCGACCAACGGAAAAGACAAGACGCCAGGAGAUAAUGAUGGGCAGAAGAAAGUCCAAGAAGAAUUUGAUAUCGACAUGGAUGCACCAGAGACAGAGCGUGCAGCUGUGGCCAUUCAGUCUCAGUUCAGAAAAUUCCAGAAGAAAAAGGCGGGAUCACAGUCCUAGUGGGGAAGCUGCUUCCUGGUCCACUCGAAGACACCAAGUUCAACCACCAUCCAUCAAGAAAUGAAAAGAACAAUCCCUAGAGAGAAGUCAUCCACACUCAGUACACACCCUGCUCUAAACCUGAAAUGCAUGAACAGAAACCCAUAGUAUUUAUGCCCCUAUAGACAGGUGUCCACAAUAAAAUUGUGAGUAGCUUAAUCUGUUUAUCUCCAUUACAAUUCCUCUGCAACUAUUUUCCUUGAUGUUGUAAUAAAAAGGAGGUAAGAUGAGUGAA